AUGCCCAAGCAUUUCAACUUGUCAACUAUGGCAACCCAUUGGUCUUCCACCGGUGCAACGUGGUAUGACAGCCCCAAUGGAGCCGAAAGCGAUGGAGGAGCUUGUGGGUAUGGAAAUGCAGUGUCACAAGCACCUUUCUCUUCCUUGGUUACUGGGAUAGGCCCAUCCCUAUACAAAUCAGGAAAGGAAUGUGGGGCCUGUUACCAGGUGAAAUGUACCAAGCACCCACAGUGUUCCGGCAAGCCAGUCACGGUGGUGAUAACAGAUUUCUGCCCCGGAGGUCCUUGUGCAUCUGAAUCAGCACAUUUUGAUCUGAGUGGUACAACAUUUGGAGCCUUGGCAGUUCCUAGUGAAGAAGACAAACUUCAUGAUGCAGGAGUUUUGGAAAUCCAAUAUGCACGGGUUGCAUGUGAUUACUCAGGAAAAACAAUAGCAUUCCAUGUUGACAAAGGAUCAAACCCUAACUACUUGGUAGUGGUGGUGGAGUUUGAAGAAGGAGACAGUGAUCUUGCUAGGGUUGAUCUUAAACAAGCAUCAAGUGGCCAUGGUAGAGGAGAUGGAUGGUGGGCUAUGCAGCAAUCUUGGGGUGCUGUUUGGAAGCUCAACCCCGGGUCACAACUCAGACCACCAUUUUCGAUCCGGUUGACAUCACAGUAUUCUGGUCAAACACUGGUGGCAAAGGAUAUGAUCCCAACUGGAUGGAACCCUGGUUCAACGUAUCGAUCUCUAGUUAACUACCUCUAA